AACGUCGCCCCUCCUACCUCGUCCUGGGCUCUUCUGAGCAUGUGUGUGAGCAGAUUUAGCUGCUAGCUUUGAAAGAUGGCCACAGAGAAGCCCAACGACUCCAAAGUUUCCCUUUCGGAUGACAACAAAGAAAAUUCCCCCGAUGGGAGUCUGGGGCUGGAAAUCUUGCAGAUUAUAAAAGAGUCCCAGCAACAACAUGGACUCAGACAUGGAGACUAUCAAAGAUACAGGGGCUAUUGUUCUCGUCGUCUUCGACGACUACGGAAAACUCUGGGAUUUAAGAUGGGGAACAGGCACAAAUAUACUGGCAAAAAAAUAACUGAAGACAUACUUACUGACAGCAGGUAUCUUUUGUUGGUUUUGAUGGAGGCAGAGCGCGCAUGGAGCUACGCCAUGCAGUUGAAGCAAGAGGCCAAUACGGAGCCGCGGAAGCGAUUUCACCUGCUGGCUCGUCUCAGGAAGGCAGCCAAGCACGGUGAAAAGCUGGAAAAGUUAUGCGAGAGCCACAGAGUCGAUGCCAAGACCAAACUGGAGGCACAGGCCUACACUGCGUAUCUGACCGGAAUGGUUGAGUUUGAGCUACAGGAGUGGAAAAAAGCAAUGGAAGCUUUCAACAAGUGCAAAACCAUCUACGAGAAGCUUGCCAGUGCAUUCACGGAGGAGUUGGUGGUACUUUACCGUCAGCGCGUGGAUGAGAUAUCGCCCAACAUCCGCUACUGUGCUUACAAUAUUGGUGACCAGAAUGCCAUCAACGAUUUGAUGCAGAUGAGACUUGCCGGUGGUGGUGGAGGCAUGAUGGCAGAAAAGCUGGAGUCCCUAAUCACUCAGGCCAGAACCAAGCAAGCUGCCACCAUGAGUGAGGUGGAAUGGCGGGGCCGGAUUGUGCCCGUCAAGAACGACAAGGCCAGAGUCUUCUUGCUGGGCCUUGCUGACAAUGAGGCUGCUAUCGCUCAGGCAGCCAAUGAGGAGACCAAAGAGCAUCUAUACGAGACUCUGCUGGCUGAGUGCAGAGACACCAUCCAGUCUGUGAAGGAAGAGCUCAAGAGUGAAGCUAAGCGAGAGAGGAGCGCAGAGGGAGACAAUGGAAAAGUGUCCAAUAUGCAGUUCCUGCACAGUUACCUGACCUACAUCAAGCUGUGCACUCUGGUGAAGAGGAAUGAGAGUAUGGCCCACACACUUCAGGCCAAGCUCAAGGAACCUGAAGUGGAUGAGACCAAGAGGGGACCCCGUCCACAGGACCUUAUCCGCCUCUACGACAUCAUCCUGCAGAGUCUGGCUGAAUUGGCCGUGCUGCAGGGCUUGGAGGAAGAUCACACCUUUCAGAAGGAAGUGUCCCUCAAAACUCUGGUCUAUAAGGCCUACAGGUGUUUCUUCAUCGCCCAGUCCUAUGUGCUGGUGAAGAAGUGGAGUGAAGCUCUUGUGCUUUAUGAGCGAGUGUUGAAGUAUGCCAAGGACGUUCAGUCCAAGUCCAAGAACUUCAAUAACAGCCUCAAGGAUCUCCCUGAUGUUCAGGACCUUAUUGCUGAGGUCAAUGCUGAAAAGUACUCCCUUCAAGCUGCUGCGAUUUUAGAUACUGAGGAGAUGGCUGAAGUCCCUGCUCCACAGCAAGUGAAAGACAACAGGCCUCUGUGUGACCGCUUGGACACUUUCCAUCUGGACUCCACUCUUGUUGGGAAGCAGCCCAAUCUGGUUCAGUUCCCUCCGGAUUUCCACCCAAUUCCCUGCAAGCCCCUGUUCUUUGACCUGGCUCUGAACCACGCAGCGUUCCCACCGCUGGAUGACAAAGUGGAGCAGAAGGGCAAGGGAGGUCUCACCGGCUACAUCAAGGGCAUCUUCGGCUUUGGCAGCUAAAUCCAGUCCCAGACUUCUGCUACAUUUCCUCAGAUUUCAAGCUCAACAGUCAACCCUACUUGAACGGCUGUUUUGACUAUCUUUAGUGCCUACAAAGCGAGAUGAUGGUUCUAAAGGUUGGGAGUUGGAAGUAGCGAAUAUCAAUAUGGGAUGGGUCUCUAAACAGUCUGUGCCAUCAUUAGUAUCGUGUACAAGACAUCUGGCCCUCAUUUCUUUUGUUUUUAUUUUGGGGUGGAUUAGCUUAAUUUAAAAUUCUCAAUUGUUAAGAAAUUUUUAAAAGAAGGCGUCAUACUGCAUCUGUCACUCUUCACUCUUAAAGACUGGAUGCUCUUUAUUAUGGCAAAUCUUUCUACUUAAACUGAACUGUCCUGUUAAGUGGAAAACCGCCAACAAGCACCAUGCAUUUUUGGGUCUGUCGUUUUCAAGAACACACAACAGGGAACUGGAGAAUCAUGGAUGUUUGUUAUCCCUAAAUAGCUGCUGGGACCUUAAUGUUGAAGAGUUGUCUUACAAUUCCAAUUAAUAAAAUACCUCUGCAUGUUCAGUCAAUUUUGACUUUUUUUUUUUCCUCAAUGUAAAAUCAAGAAACAUGUUUAGAUUACUGCAAAAAAAGUAAAUUUAGAUGGCUAACUUUUUCUGCCCCCUCUGUCAUUUGGAAAGUGGCUGAAAUGACCACAAACGCUAUUUAAUUGUGUAAUACCAAGUGCGAAAGCUGAAGGAACUGUAUGAUUAAUCUUGUUUUCUGUCCAAUUAUUAAAAAUAU